CUCCAGCGCCCGUUGAGGCGCUAAAGGGCUUACCCCGGGAGAGGGGGGUGUGCGUGGAAGGGCGGGGAGAGGCUCCCCCUUAAAUACCGCGCCCGGCCACACUCAGCUGCUCACCGCGGCGCCUGCUCGCUCCCACACCCGCCGCUGCCGACUUGUGCCGAAGAGGAGGGGGCGUUCCCCAGACCAUGGCAUCGACAGAAGGUGCCAAUAUGCCCAAGCAGGUGGAAGUGCGAAUGCACGACAGUCACCUCAGCUCAGAGGAGCCCAAACAGAGGCACAUGGGACUGCGUGGUGUGUGUGACAAGCUGGGAAAGAAUCUUCUGCUGACCCUGACUGUGUUUGGUGUUAUCCUGGGGGCAGUAUGUGGAGGGCUUCUUCGCCUGGCAUCUCCUAUCAACCCUGAUGUGGUUAUGUUAAUAGCUUUCCCAGGGGAUAUACUCAUGAGGAUGUUGAAAAUGCUCAUUCUCCCUCUAAUCAUCUCCAGUUUAAUCACAGGGUUGUCAGGCCUGGAUGCAAAAGCCAGUGGACGCUUGGGUACAAGAGCCAUGGUGUACUAUAUGUCUACCACCAUCAUUGCUGCUGUGCUGGGAGUUAUCCUGGUCUUGGCUAUCCACCCAGGCAAUCCCAAGCUCAAGAAACAGUUGGGUCCUGGAAAGAAGAAUGAUGAAGUGUCCAGCCUGGAUGCCUUCUUAGAUCUUAUUCGGAACCUUUUCCCUGAAAACCUUGUCCAAGCCUGUUUUCAACAGAUUCAAACAGUUACAAAGAAGGUCAUGGUGGCACCACCAACAGAUGAUGGCAACACAACCCAUGCUGUGGUUUCCCUGUUGAAUGAAACUGUGACAGAAGCACCUGAGGAAACAAAGGUGGUUCUCAAGAAGGGCCUGGAAUUCAAGGAUGGCAUGAACGUCUUAGGUCUGAUAGGGUUUUUCAUUGCUUUUGGCAUCGCAAUGGGAAAGAUGGGAGAGCAGGCCAAGCUGAUGGUGGAAUUCUUCAACAUUUUGAAUGAAAUUGUAAUGAAGUUAGUGAUCAUGAUCAUGUGGUACUCUCCCCUGGGUAUCGCCUGCUUAAUUUGUGGGAAGAUCAUUGCAAUCAAGGACUUAGAAGUGGUUGCUAGGCAACUGGGGAUGUACAUGAUCACGGUGAUUGUGGGCCUCAUCAUCCAUGGGGGCAUAUUUCUCCCCUUGAUUUACUUUGUAGUGACCAGGAAAAACCCUUUCUCCUUUUUUGCUGGCAUUUUCCAAGCUUGGAUCACUGCCCUGGGUACCGCUUCCAGUGCUGGAACAUUGCCUGUCACCUUCCGUUGCCUGGAAGACAAUUUGGGAAUUGAUAAACGUGUGACUAGAUUUGUUCUCCCAGUUGGAGCAACCAUUAACAUGGAUGGAACAGCCCUUUAUGAAGCUGUGGCCGCCAUUUUUAUUGCCCAAAUGAAUGGUGUUGUCCUGGAUGGGGGCCAGAUUGUGACAGUAAGCCUUACAGCCACACUGGCAAGUGUCGGAGCAGCCAGUAUACCCAGUGCUGGGCUAGUCACCAUGCUCCUCAUUCUUACUGCUGUGGGUCUGCCAACAGAAGACAUCAGUCUGCUGGUGGCUGUAGACUGGUUGCUGGAUAGAAUGAGGACUUCAGUCAAUGUUGUGGGUGACUCCUUUGGGGCUGGGAUUGUCUAUCACCUCUCCAAGUCUGAACUGGAUUCCAUCGAUUCCCAGCAACGAGUGAAUGAAGACAUUGAAAUGACCAAGACUCAAUCCAUUUAUGAUGACAUGAAAAACCACAGGGAAAGCAACUCUAACCAAUGUGUUUAUGCUGCACACAACUCUGUCAUAGUAGAUGAGUGCAAGGUAACUCUGGCAGCCAAUGGAAAAUCAGCUGACUGCAGUGUUGAGGAAGAACCUUGGAAACGUGAAAAAUAAGGAUAUGAUUCUCAGCAAAGUCUUGAAUAACUCCCCUCCCCCACCCCCAGCGUAUCUUAUGGUAAAAGAGAAUAUAAACAAGCUUUCUUUUAAAGAGGAAAAUAUACCUAUAUUUCUAUGUUUACUUAUUCUGUUAGCUGAGGCUUAGUGGAUCUGUUGUGAGCCAGUAAUAGGCACGGUGCUGUGUCUUUGCCAAAUAAUGCUUCGUAAUCAUCUAAUGUUCUUACUUGUAUUACUGUUUGAAUGGAUGCUGCUGGAGAAAUCGGUGUGAAUGGAAGAUGCAUUCUUGCCAGCUUCCCUUAUUUUCUCAAGAUGCAGAAGCCUGGAUGUUCUUUUCCAAGGGGAUACAGCCUAUUUACUGCAGUGCAUUCUGAGAACACUGUGUAUUUCUUCAAAUGUUCUCCAUGCUUUGCUGUGGAGCACCCAAGAGAUUCUCUUUAAAGCCUUUAAAAUGAAUUUCCCUUAAUGGUCUGUAGUUUGUGCCCAGGAAUUAGUUAAAAAGCAAGUGAUUUGUCUUUUUUAAAAAUUUCAAAAAGUGUUGUAGUGAGAACACACUGAGUCUCCGCUCCACCUUUUCAUGGCUAUAGGAUUAUUAAAAUUUCUAAGCUUGUUUUAUAAUUGGCUCUUGAUUAUAUUCUUUGUCAAGAUGUAAUUUGCAUAUGCCCCUGUAUAUAUUGAGGAAGGUAAAGGUGCACAGCCAGCUGACAUUUUAGUCUAAUCUAAAUUGGUUGAUAUUUAGUUUGCAUUUUCCUGGCAUUGUGAAAUUAAGUGAGGAUAUGUAAUCAAUGCUUCAUCAAAUUUGUUUUACUAACAGAAAGCUUCAUUUUAAUCUCCCAAUUAUUUCGUCACACUGUCAUCAAAUUUGAGGGCCUAAGCAAUUUACUCCCUUCACACACAUGGAGGAGAGUUGUUUUCACUUUGCUUCUUUGGGUAUGGUCUCUUGAUAAAACAAUAAAACAAAAAAAAAAAGUAAUUUGUGUAGAACUUUGUGUUAGAUCAAAGCAUAUCAAAUCAUUUGUAAGCGGAGCCAAUUUUCCUCUCUGGUCUUCUCUGUGAAAAGGGACAGAAAAUAAACACAUGUACAAAAUUUCAGAAAGAUGACGUUGCUAAGGCAAUAUCAAUGAAGGGUCAAGAUGACCUUGAACCAUGAAGUGGAAAUAAAAGACUCCUCACAACUCACAGAUGUAAUAUUUUUGAGGGUUUGAAUGUUGGAGAGAAUAACUAAUAGACUUGGAAUCAGCACAGUGUCUUAUGUACUAUAGACACUCAAUGAAUCCUAAAUAAUUGAUUUUGCAAGCUAAAUUUUUCAAUGUCUCAAAUAUUAUUUUCUAUCACAUAACACAGUAUUUUUAUAUAGUUGCUGGGUUUGGGAGUCUGCUGAGGACCUAAACAUGAAUUACUGGGAAAUAAAGCACAUUUAACUCAAAGGAAUAAAUAGACCUUGUUCACUUGGGAGUAGAGUGAUUAUUUGAGGCCAGAAUCAAAACCCUGCUAUGGUGAGUCAUAAAGUCCAGAUUCUUUGGGGGAAAGGUUGUUUCUGAUUAUCAUGAAUAGAGCCUAAUUCUUGAUUCCUUGUAAUACCUUUUUCUAGUUAUACACCUUUAUAUCAUAUAAAACAUGAAAUAAGCACCCCUUUUAGCAUAAAUAAUAAAUUAUUUUUGGAUAAAGAUCACUAUUGAGAAGUAUUAAGUGGCCCUUUUCUCUUUUACAUAAUAAUAUUUUAAUUUUCAUCAUCUGAGCAGUUAAUGGGGUGACAAAGAGUGGAACUAUAGUAGUGGGAAAAUACAUUCUUUAUGGCAAAUGUUUUUGAGGACAGAGUUUUGGACUUAACUGUGAAACUAUUGACUGAUUAAAUGUCUCAAAUGUGA